AUGCAUUACAGCCCGGCAACUCUCCUCCUCCUGGGGGCAGUUGCCUCUUCCGCCCGAGCAAGCAACGACAAUCAACCCGUACCCAAAUCGGGUCUCCAAGAGUCAUGGGCGUCGCCGGCCAGAGAAACCGUCGCCGUCGGCCACGAGAAUGAGCAGCAGCUUGCCCUGGGAUGGUCCCCAAAGCCGACGCAGGCGCCCAAGCCUUUGCUGGGUCGCAUGAUGAUUCCGCGAGCAGAUGAUUUCACAAUCGGGCCGCAGACGUGCGGGUUUGUUCCUGGGACGACUGGCAACUCAUUCACGUGUAUAUCGGUUGGAUUUACAUGCACGCCUCAGGCCAACUAUGUCGGCUGCUGCGAGCCCAACUCGUCCUGCAGUCUCAUCAAGACGACGUGCAUCGACUACCAGGCGUCCAAGGGCGGUGCUUGCAACCUGCCCUCUGACUAUCACACUCUCUGCUGUGACACAUCAUCAGCCGGUGCCUGCUACACCUGGGUCGUCUCCACGUCCGGUUCCGGUGACGAAUCAGCCCGUCUGCACACCCUCUUCGACUGCUCUCCUACGGCCGGCAGAGGCACACUCCUGACCGUCGACCCGGGCUGGUCGUUGACACACAGCUUCGGCUCAACAACAACCACAACUUCCGCAUCAACCACCGCAACGACGACCACCGCCGCCCCUGAGCCCACGCACAAGAGCAGCAGCACCAACGUGGGUGCCAUUGCCGGCGGCGCAGUCGGAGGCGUCGCAGCCCUCGGCCUCGUUGGCAUCGCCGCGUUCCUCUGGUUUCGUCGCCGUCAUUCUCCUCGCAACGCUCCUCCCAACGCCACUCUGGGCGGCGCUCCUCCUCCUCCUCAAGGAGGGAACCCUCCCGCUGGAGCUACCUAUCCCUCGGGCGUGCCGGCCGGGUAUCCCGGCGGAUACGCGCCCGUGCCGAUGCAGUCGCCGCCGCAGGGCUACGAUCCUCACAUGAACCAGUACGGCCAGCAAGGCGUCUAUCCGCAGCAGUACCAGGGACAGUAUCCUCAGCAGCAGUACAGCUAUCCCGUCCAGACGAGCACUUCGCCAGUCUACACGACUCCUUCUCCCGGUGCUUUCAAGGAGGGCGACAUGUCGCCUCAGCAGCAGGCGCCUCCGACUGAACUGGCUGCGGUGAACCCCGUUGGAGCAGAGAACAACAGAGCAGAGCUGGGGAAUUAG